AAAACUUACCAUAGAGCAGUGUCAUUAAAGUUGUACGUUAGCGACGGAUCGCUGAUAUAAUUAAAAUCCUAUUUAAUCAUUGAAUAAUGGCGACUUAUUCUUAGUUAAUUGAUUGCGGUAUACUAAAGAAUUACUGAAUGAGUGUAAUACGAGCUUAUUACUAGGAUUACAUUACUGCAUACCUACGCUCUAUGGUUCUCUUUAAAGACAGUAACGAGAUAAUGCCGACAUAUUUGUUGUUAUUGUAAAUAUUUACCACUAAGAUGCCGAAAAAUAUUACUAGUGAAGUCCGUGAAAUAAUCCUUAAAGUUAAAGAAUUCAUGGACGAAGAGAAACGAAUGCAAGCUCCAAUAAUUCCACUUGGUAAAGUGUACGUCAGAGUUUCGGCAGCCACAGGUGUUUCAGAGCGAACAGUACUAAACAUUGUGAAGGAAGCUAGGUUGAUUGAACAGGGUCUUCUUGAUCCAGAAACAUUGAGGAAGACCCCAAAGAAAAGAGUGCGGAGUAAAGGAAAAAUUGAAGUGGGCGAGUAUGAUUUACAAGUGAUCAGCAGAAAAAUUCAUGAGUUUUAUGCAUUCAAGAAAGAAGUACCAACAAUUAAUAAACUCCUGCAAAUACUUAAAGAAGAAAUAAAUUUCAAGGGGUCUAGAGAAACACUUCGCAAAAUAUUACGUAAAAAUGGAUUUCAAUUCAGGAAAACAAAACAUGUGAAAGAUAAGGAACCCGCAACGGCAUCAACAUCAACAGUUCCUCCAUACAUCCAUACUAUGUUUAGUCAUAAGCCUUAAUCUGUUGAUGCUACUUUAGAAUUAUGUUACUUUAGUAAACAUAUUACACUAUUAAUGUAUUUGUAAGCCAUCAAUUUAAAUGUAGAUCUUAAUGUUUAAUAAAAAACUCUUUUACAUUAGCAAUUUUUAGAUGUAGAAUGAAACCCGUAUAUUCAUAACAAAAGAAUAAAUAAACUUCAUAUUUUACACAACAUGACAAUAAAUUAAGAGAGGCCUAUUAUAAUUGUGUUGUCAAUAAUUGUUCAAUAUUAGUGCAUAAAGUAUAUUUUACUGUAAACAAUGUAAGUACAAUGCAAUCGCAAGCACAGGACAAGAGUACACAAUUGCUUUAUACUAACAUGUCUUGAUAUUGAUAAAGUUGAGUGUUCCAUCAUUUUAUAGAAAAUAUAAUGGUGUCUAUUUUGUAAACAAUUUUUGUUUUCGGAAUUCAUUAUUUAGAUCUGAUAUUUGAAGGGCAAACUAAACAUUUAUAUAAACUCAUAUUUGUAUAUAGAUAAGAAUAAUUCAUGUGAUUAUUGUAUCAAAAUGUUUGACUGAUAUUUAAUUUUUGCUAAGAAAAUUCCAUGAAUAUAUUAAAAAGUUUGAGACAUUCAAGCAUAUUUAAAUGAAAUGCAAUAAAAAAUUAUUGCUGAAAUUUUUGACAGUAUUUCAUGUGUAUUUUAAAUUAUUUUUAAGUAAUUUAAGAUUUGUAUAAGAAAAUAAGCAAGGAGUGAUGUAAAUUU